AUGACUAAUCAAAAGGGGAUGUGGGUGAUAGGAUAUGGAUCCUUAAUAUUUAAACCACCACCACAUGUAUCAUUUAAAGUAACGGGAUAUCUUACGGGAUUUAUAAGAAGAUUUUGGCAAAGUUCAAUUGAUCAUAGAGGUACUCCGGAAUAUCCUGGUAGAGUAGUUACAUUAAUAUCAUUAAAAGAUCUUCAAAAUAAUGAAAAAUUUCAUGAUGAUUUGCAUAUGUAUGAAUUAAAAGAAGAUAGUAAUAAUAUAAUUAUUGAUGUUAAAAAGAAAAUACAUGAAUUAAAAGAAGAAGAUUUAAAAGUUUAUGGAGUUGCUUAUUAUAUAAAACCUGAAAAUGUUGAUGAAGUUAAAGAAUAUCUAGAUAUUAGAGAACAAAAUGGAUAUACUGAUCAUAAAGUUCCAUUUCAUAUUUUAAAUAUUGAAAAAAAUGAAGUUUCUGAUGGUUUAAUUGAUGAUAUUCCAAAUGAUAAAAAUGGGAAAUAUAUUGAAAGUAUGAUUUAUAUUGGCACUACUGAAAAUGAGGCUUUCAUUGGUCCGGAAUCUUUGGAAGAUACUGCUAAAGUAAUAAGAACAUCAAUUGGUCCAAGUGGUAAAAAUUCGGAAUAUUUGAUUAAUUUAACUGAAGCAAUUAAACAUUUUGGUAUUAGAGAUUAUUAUCUAGAAGAUUUAUUACAACUUUUAUAG